UCACCUACAGAAAAUUCAUCACACCCAUCAUGGCUUUAUCAGAGGGUCAACAACAGCUACAUUUCGUGCUAAUUCCACAAAAGGGUCAAGGUCAUCUAAUCCCCAUGAUAGACAUGGCCAAACUCAUUGCUCAACGUGGUGUGAUUGUCACCAUUGUCACCAUGCCACUCGAAGCUGAAAAAUUCAAAUCAUUCAUUGAUCGCGCUGUAGGAUGCGGAGGACUUCAAAUUCGGCUUCUUCAGCUUGAGGUCGCUACUGCAAAACCAAAUGGAUGUGACAAGGAAGCAUCCACUGUCGUGUCCCAACUAAAGAGUUUCUUUAGGACGGCGUCUUCGUUGCAAGAACCAUUUGAACAAUCUUUUAGAAAUUUGCGACCUGCUCCGAAUUGCAUAAUUUCUGACAUAGUGUUUGAUUGGACGUCUGAGACUGCUAUUAAGUUCGGAGUACCGCGGAUUGUGUUUGAUGGCUUUGGUUGUUGCUCUCGCUUGUGCUACCACAACAUUCUCCGGUCCAAACUACACGGAAGCAUCACGAGUGACUCCGAGCCAUUCGUCAUACCAGGCUUGCCUGAUAAAAUUGAGGUGACAAAAGGAAAGCUGCCAAUGCACUUCCUUAGUCAUAAUUCAGAUGAGCUGUUAAAGGAUGCUAUUCAUCGGAUCAACAAGGCCGAUGAGACGGCUUACGGUGUCAUCAUAAAUAGCUUCCAAGAAUUGGAGCCUAAAUACGCAGAGAUGUACAAGAAAGCCAAGAACAACAAGGUGUGGUGCAUUGGCCCGGUGUCUUUAUGCAACCAGGAGACAAUAGACAAGGCUGAGAGAGGUAACAAAGCUUCCAUUGACAAAAACCAAUUCCUGCAGUGGCUUGACUCGAAAGAACCAGGCUCUGUUGUUUAUGCUUGUUUCGGAAGCUUCUGGAACCUGACGUCUUCAGAUAUGAUGGAGAUUGGGUUAGGCCUAGAAUCCUCAGGAUAUCCAUUUGUUUGGGUUAUUGGAGGUGGAGACAUUUCAGAGAUAGAUGAGCUCUUAACGGAAAAUAGAUUCGAGGAGAGGAACAAAGGCAGAGGUCUAGUGAUCAAGGGAUGGGCACCGCAAGUACUGAUUUUGUCACACAAAGCUAUCGGAGGAUUCUUAACGCAUUGUGGUUGGAACUCAACUCUAGAAGGUGUGUGCGCGGGUGUUCCACUGUUAACUUGGCCUAUGGGUGCUGAACAAUUCCUUAAUGAGAACCUGAUUGUGCAAGUUCUGAAAAUUGGCGUGAAGGUAGGCGAGGCUGAAGUUCACGCAGACGACGGUACAAAAUUAAUUGAAAUGGCAGAAGGUGUUGACAAGAAGCAGCAGGAAGUGGAGAAGGCAGUGAAGAAAGUAAUGGAUGGGGGUGAAGAGGUGGAAGAAAGAAGAAAAAGAGCAAGAGAACUUGGACAGACAGCAAAGAAGGCCAUGGAAGAAGGUGGAUCCUCGCAUUUCAACAUGACACUCUUCAUACAAGACAUGAUGCACUACAAAGCUGGCAGGGAAUAACUACUACCCAUACUGCAUAGAAAUAUUUCAUCUGACGAAUUUACUAGCCUAUUUUUGUGUACUUUGAUUUCAUAUUUCAUCUUCAUAUAUCCAAUUUUUUUCUUAUCAGUAGCAUUCUUUACUGAAA